AUGAAGGAAAAUCUGAUUAACAUCAACGGAUUUCACAAGACCGAACCCAAAUCUACAUCCCUAUGGAAAUGGAAACGGAUCGAUUUUCGAACCGAAAAUUCCGAAAACAGGAUGUACACGGUACCCGAAAUUUUCCGCGAAACCGGUCGGAAGGCAAACGACGUCGUACUUGGUCCCGGAGUUGGCGCCGGAAUCGGCUGUGGAGUCGGAUUGGGUCUAGGAGUUGUCGGAGCAGCCGGUCUCGGCGGCCCCGCGUGGAACCAGCUGACGGCGGUUUUUGGAAUUGGAAUCGGAUGCGGAGCGGGUAUUGGGGUCGGGUACGGGCAGGGUUUUGGCGGAGGGUUCAGCUUAGAAUCACUUCGAUCUUAUCUGAUGGAUCCGAAUCCGAAAUACAAGAAGCGGGUCAGUGUUCAGAUCUGA